CCCGUAUUAAUAUGUCUUCCAAUUCGUUAAAUCCUCUCCACACCGAUCGCGGCAAGAAAUUCACUGCUGCUUCAGAAGCUGCGUUGAUAUUUUCUGGGAUCGAUGGCGCCUCUGGGGGUUCAAUUGUACAUUCAAGAGGACCGCCAUGUGAUGUUGGAUAAUGGCAUAGUUCAAGUCACACUGUCAAAUCCAGAGGGAAUUGUCACUGGAAUCCGAUAUAAUGGAAUUGAAAAUUUGCUUGAAGUUUUGAAUGACGAAAAUAAUAGAGGGUACUGGGAUAUUGUCUGGAAUGAUCCAGUGACUACAGGAACCUUUGAUGUGAUCAAAGGAACGGAAUUCAGGAUUAUAGUGGAAAAUGAGGAGCAGGUAGAGCUCUCUUUCAGAAGAACAUGGGAUCCCUCCCUAAAGGGAAAGUUUGCCCCUCUAAAUAUAGACAAAAGGUUUAUAAUGCUUCGUGGUUCAUCUGGCUUUUACUCCUAUGCCAUUUAUGAACACCUGAAGGAAUGGCCUGCUUUCAGUCUUGGUGAAACAAGGAUUGCUUUCAAGCUCCGAAAAGACAAGUUCCACUACAUGGCUGUAGCGGACAACAGGAGAAGAUUUAUGCCCCUGCCUGAUGACCGCUUGCCUGCAAGAUGCCAAGCCCUGGCCUAUCCGGAAGCUGUUCUACUUGUCAAUCCUUCGGAGCCAGAACUCAAAGGAGAGGUGGAUGACAAGUACCAGUACUCUUGUGAGAACAAAGAUCUUCGAGUCCAUGGGUGGAUGUGCUUCAACCCACCUGUUGGGUUCUGGCAAAUCACACCCAGUGAUGAAUACAGAUCUGGUGGGCCCCUCAAACAGAACUUGAGUUCCCAUGUGGGCCCUACAACCCUUGCAAUGUUUCUCAGCGCUCAUUAUGCGGGAGAUGACCUAGUGCCAAAAUUUGAAGCGGGUGAGCCAUGGAAGAAAGUUUUUGGCCCCGUUUUUAUCUAUCUUAAUUCUGGGUUGUAUGGAGAUGACCCACUUUCGCUUUGGGAUGAUGCCAAAAUCCAGACGGCAAUCGAAAUCCAAAGCUGGCCUUACAGUUUCCCAGCUUCUGAAGAUUUUCCCUCAUCAGAUCAACGUGGUAAUAUUAGCGGCAGAUUAUUAAUCUGGGACAGGUAUAUUAGCGACAACUAUAUAUCAGCAAAUGGUGCUUAUGUAGGGUUAGCCCCACCAGGAGCUGCUGGAUCAUGGCAAAGAGAAUGCAAGGACUACCAAUUCUGGACCAGAGCUGAUGAGCAGGGCUGUUUCUCCAUUAAUGACAUACGUACAGGCAACUAUAAUCUUUAUGCAUGGGUCCCUGGAUUAAUUGGAGAUUACCAAUUUGAUGCUGACAUCAACAUAACCUCAGGUGGUGAUAUUGAUAUGGGUGAUCUUGUCUAUGAGCCUCCAAGAGAUGGGCCCACAUUGUGGGAAAUUGGCAUCCCUGAUCGUUCUGCUGCAGAGUUCUAUAUUCCUGAUCCUAAUCCAAAGUAUAUUAACAGACUUUUUGUCAAUCAUCCUGACAGGUUCAGGCAGUAUGGAUUGUGGGAGAAAUAUGCAGAGUUAUAUCCUGAUGGAGACUUGGUUUAUACAGUUGGCGUCAGUGACUAUAGAAAAGAUUGGUUCUUUGCUCAGGUUACCAGGAAAAAGGAUAACACUUACCAGGGAACAACCUGGCAAAUUAAGUUCAAACUUGAUACGGUGGAUCAGGACGGAACCUACAAACUGCGAGUGGCACUUGCAUCGGCCGCUCUUGCUGAAUUACAGGUUCGGGUUAAUGACCCAAAGGCAAAUCGUCCUCUGUUUUCGAGUGGGCUGAUCGGGAGAGACAAUGCAAUUGCAAGGCAUGGCAUUCAUGGGCUGUACUGGCUGUACAGUGUGGACAUUUCAGGAGCGCUGCUGCUGGUGGGGGAUAAUACCAUAUACUUGACACAACCCAGAUGCGUCAGCCCUUUCCAGGGGAUCAUGUAUGACUACCUUCGCUUAGAAGCCCCUCCCUCCUCCAAGAAGUGACAGUGACCCUGACCCUAUUAAGAAGCUUGGAAUUUAUGUAGAUUUUUAUAAAAUGUUACAUAAAAUUUGUAUUGAAGGUUACCACAAAUGUGUAAUAAAAUUUGUAAGACGCGGCGUUUGUUUUCAUGCUAUCUUGUAUUGCUUAUAUUCUUUUUGCAAUAGAAUUCGGGAAGAGAAAAUUCAAAUA